AUCCUGCCUCCCCCGGCCAUCGGCCAUUCAGCGCCACGAACAUCGAGCCAGAGCAGAAAGGGGCGAGUCCCGGAGUUGCACCCUGCGCAGAGUUGCCCGGUCCCACCCCGGGUCCUUCCUUCACCGCCAUGGCCUGGCUGAUGCUACUGGGCGCACUGCUGUGCACGCUGCGCGUCGGAUAUGGCAGCCUGGACUCCGACGUCUUUCUGCCCCUGGCGCCCCAUAACUGCCCCCAGAAAUGCGUCUGCGCGGCCGAUCUGCUGAGCUGCGCAGGGCUGGGGCUGCAGGACGUGCCGGCCUCAUUACCUGCUGCUGCAGCCGACCUCGACCUGAGUCAUAACGCGCUCCAGCGCCUGUACCCCGGCUGGCUGACGCCCCUCUCCCGGCUGCGUGCCCUGCGCCUAGGUCACAAUGAGCUGAAGGCGCUGGGUCGCGGAGUCUUUACUAAUGCCAGUGGCCUGCGGCUGCUCGAUUUAUCAUCGAACGGGCUGCGGGCGCUUGGCCGCCACGACCUUGACGGCCUGGGGGCGCUCGAGAUGCUGCUGCUGUUCAAUAACCGCCUGGCGCACUUGGACCAGCAUGCCUUCCAGGGCCUGGGCGCGCUCCGCCGGCUCUACCUGGGCUGCAACGAACUCACGUCCUUCUCUUUCGACCACCUGCACGGUCUGGGCGUGAUCCACCUGCGUAUCCUGGAUCUCUCCUCCAACCGUCUGGGACGCAUCCCGGUACCUGACCUGGCCGCGCUGCCGGCAUUUCUCAAGAACGGCCUUUACUUGCACAACAACCCGUUGCCCUGCAACUGCCGCCUCUACCACCUGCUGCAGCGCUGGCACCAGCGGGGAUUAAGCGCUGUGAGCGACUUUGCGCGCGAGUACAUUUGCCUGGCUUUCAAGGUACCCACGUCCCGCGUGCGCUUCUUUGAGCACAGCCGGGUCUUCGAGAACUGCUCGGAGACGCUGGCUUGGGCAAGCCCAGAGCAACCUGAAGAGCAGCGUGAAGUGCAGGUGGGUCAGUCCCUGAGGCUACACUGCAACACUAGUGCCCCCGCAGUGCACGUGGCCUGGGUCUCCCCACAGCAGGAGCUGCUGGUGGCGCCAGGAUCCCGCAACGGCAGCAUUGCAGUGCUGGCUGAUGGCAGCUUGUCCAUCCACCAGGUGCAGCCAUGGCAUCAGGGUAUCUUUGUGUGCCUGGCCACUGGGCCCCGCCUGCAUCACAACCAGACGCACGAGUACAAUGUGAGUGUGCACUUCCUGAACCCUGAGCCCGAGGCCUUCAACACGAGCUACACCACACUGCUGGGCUGCGCCGUGGGCCUGGUCCUGGUGGUGCUCUACCUGUUUGUACCGCCCUGUCCCGGCUGCCACCGCUGCUGCCACCGCACCUGCCGCUGCCGCCGCUGGUCCCGAGCACCCAGCCCACUCCAGGAGCUGAGCGCACAGUCCUCGGUGCUCAGCACCACGCCACCCGAUGCACCCAGCCGCAAGGCCAGUGUCCACAAGCAUGUGGUCUUUCUGGAGCCAGGCAGGAGGGGCCUCAAUGGUCGUGUGCAACUGGCGGUGGCCGAGGACUUUGAUCUCUACAACCCGAUGGGCCUGAGGCUCAAAGCUGGCUCUGAGUCCACUAGCUCCACUGGCUCUGAGGGGCUGGUGAUGACCUAAGCUGCCCAGGGCCCCCUGGGGCCACCACCUGCCUGCCUGUUGCUUGCCCUGCUGCCUGCUGCCGCGCAGAGUACUGCCAGAUGCUGGUGUGAAGCACUGGGCUUGGUCCUCCAGCCUCCUGUGUGGGCCUCCACCUAUACACACCGCAGUGGCCCCACUCAUUGGUAGAGGGGUGGGGACCCCGACCUCUCUCCUGCUCCACCUCGGCAACAGGCCUGCCUGUGCCCCCUUUCCCUGGGACCUCCUUGUACCCAAAUGUCCCAUGAGGACUGGAACUGAGGCCCAUCUGGAAGAGCGCCUACAUUAGAGUCCAGGUCCACCCUCAGGGGCUGAGGCAGUUAUCAAGGUGUGGUGCUGAAGAACUGAAGCAUAACCACCUCCUCUUCCCAAGGGGACGGGAAGGGGGAGGGCUCCAAAGGAAGACCUGUCCCCAACCCCCAGGGUGGAAGAAAGAAACUGGCCCUCUGAUGAAACAGGACUCCACGUACCAAUAUCCAAUCUAUAAGAUUUCUGGCUUCACAAUGCCAUUUAGAGACUGGUGGGCAGGCAUGAGGCAGUCAAGGGACCCCUGAAGUCCUCGCCUGCUCCCCCUUUGGCCAGGAGCAUCCACAGGCCACUCUGAGGGCACAGUCUCUCCCAUGGGCUCAUGAGACAGCAGGAAGGGGCACUGUGGCCCUGCGCCCCCAGCUGUUCAGCAGUGAAGAGCCUGCUGAGCAUGGCCACGGUGGGAGGGCAGAGCUGCAUCCCGCUGUCCCUCGGGGGUACAAGCCUCUUAAGGGCUGGCACCAGUCUCGGCCUAAUGGCUGAGGCAGUGCCUUGGUUUUAUGUGGAUCUUAGCCGUCCCACUGCAGGGAGGCAGGGAAGGGGGGCUGGGCACCCCUCUGUGUGGGGAUCCUGUGAGUGUCCCAGGUCCCGCUGUCAUGGAGUUUCUUAAUAAAGGUAGGACAUGCUUGUUGCCAGAGCCUUUGCAGACACA